UAUACUGUACCCUAUAUGGGCACCUUGGUGUCUCUCGCCCACUCUAUUGACCAUGUCCAGUCAUGUGACCAGCCUGGAACAGAACUCCGUGUUCUUGUGCAAAACUGGAAUUUGCUCCGUGACGAGGACAUUUGUUAUUGCUGGAGUUGUGACUCUUUCGCAGUUUGGGUUUCCAUAGGAAACGGGCACCACCAUGGGCAAGUUAUACACUGUGGCCGCCUUUCUGUUACUCCUGCUCUUGCUGGAAAAGAAUGUUCCCUUCCACGUGUAACCACCGCUGGGGACAUGGCCACCGUGACAUUACCUGUAAUCCCCACAAUACCCAGGAGACACCAGUAUCACUUGUUUUGGAAACCUCUUUUAGAAACUGGAGCAAAAUCCAUCUCAAAAAGACACGUGCGCAGGGAUUGGCUGAUUAUACCGGACACCUUCGCCUUCACCAUCUACGAAUCUGUGAACAAUCUGUAUCCGCCAGCAGGGAAGGUUCUCAUGGACAUAUUUGAAACCCCAGCGGUACAAAACACAAGGGGUUUCAUCAUUGAUAUUACGUCCCAACUUACUCUGAAAGGGGAGGAGCUUCAAAGCAAAAUAACUGAUUUUUGGAACAAGAUUUCUGCCAAAGUCAAAACUGAUACAAACUAAACUGAAAAUUUACAUUAAAAAGUAUAAUAAAUGAAAUAUGUGAAACAAAAUCA